CCAAGCAAGCAGAAGACACAAAAAUACCGAAUCUUCCCCUCCGUCAUCUCCCUCUUUCCCUUAUCUGCCUGCGGGAGAUUUCUAUCACUGAGAAACAAGUGAAAGCGAGAGAGAGAAGGGAUUACAGGAGCGAGAGUCGAAGAUGGGGAUACUGGAGGAAGCUCACAAUGUGCGGGUGGUGGGGAACGGCGAGAAGGUUGUCGUCUUGGCCCAUGGGUUCGGAACUGAUCAGUCUGUGUGGAAGCACCUGUUGCCUCACCUUAUCGAGGGCUAUCGCGUGGUGCUCUUCGACAACAUGGGCGCUGGGCCGACCAACCCCGACUACUUCGACUUCGAGCGCUACUCUACAAUUGAAGGCUACGUGUUGGACCUCCUCGCUAUCAUGGAGGAGCUCCGAAUCAAAUCCUGUGUCUUCGUCGGACACUCCGUCUCCUCCAUGAUCGGAGCCAUCGCCUCCAUCUCCCGACCUGACCUCUUUGAGAAGAUCGUCAUGUUGGGCGCUUCACCCAGGUAAGGCGACUUUAACCUGCUCGAUGUUUUGACCCUGAUAGAUUUUUGCUUCUGUUGAUCGAUAAAAUAGCAGUAGAUUUCAUCCAUUGGUGCGUGUCGAAUUGAUUGCUUGCAGUACUUGGACCAAAAAGUGGGUAAGAAUUCGACUGUUGGUUAAAGCGAUUGAGAAACUAAUCAUUUUUA